AUGCCCGCUAAUAUUUACUAUGUGGAGGCGAAGUGGAUAUCAAGGCUGGCGACCUUUGGACUUUGUGCCGAUAACGUCGGGUUUCUUGAAUUCUUACUUGAAGCCAUUCGGUCAUUGGCCGUGAUAGGCCUAUACCCAGUUCAAGAGCCGACUCAGGCCAUGCAAGUGCUUCCACCGCGAAUGCUUGGCCAGUGA